AUUUUCAACGUACCAAUUUGCAUGUACUCUCUCUUCUCUAUUCUUUCUCUCUCCUCCACGUUGGCAUCAUCCCUCCAACUCACCUCCCACUUUCCUAUUUAAACCCAUCUUCCUUCCUAAAACUCAACCGUCAUUCAACACUUUCCAUUUCAAAGUUCCCAUUUCCAGAAAAUAAUCAAACAUAACAAUGAAGCUCAAAACUCGCUUCUCUUUCUGCACCUCCGCCGUCGCCGGAGACGAUUCUAACCAUCUUCCGCCGCCGACUACAACCUCCUCCCCCGCCUCUAACAUCACCAGCAAUGUCAGCUUACAAAGUCACCCUUCCCUUCAAACACUCCCAUCUGUCCCUUCUCUUCAAUACCUCUCUCUCUUUGACGUCACCGCCGCCGUGAACCUCACCCACUCUCUCUCCACUACUCUAUCUUUACCUUCCUCGAUUUCCGCACUUUCUCUCUCCUCUUCUCUUCUCUAUGUCUCCUCCGGCCAUCAGAUCAACGUCUACGACUCUUCCACUCUUACUCUCCUUGAAACGUUCAAUACUAACGGAGAUUCAACCGGCGCUGUUAAAUCCGUUGCUUUCUGUGACGGAAAAAUCCUGUCAGCUCACCAGGAUGGGAAAAUCCGUGUCUGGAAGAUGACGGCGAGUAAACGGCAUAAGCUGGUUUCGACUCUACCUACUUUAAAGGACCGGUUGAGCCGGUUUCCGGUUCCGAAGAAUCACGUCAAAGUCCGGCGUCAUAAGACGCGUCUCUGGGUGGAGCACGACGACGCCGUUUCAAGUUUAGCUGUUACGAACGGGAAAAUCUACUCCGUUUCGUGGGACAAGACUUUGAAGGUGUGGGGCCCAAGGAGUUUACGGUGUUACGAGUCUGUAACGGCGCAUGAGGACGCGGUUAACGCCGUUGCCGUUUCUGAUGACGGAAUGGUUUACACCGGAUCGGCUGACGGUCGGAUUCGGGUUUGGGGGAAAACAACCGGGUCGGAGAAAAAGCUUACAGGAGUUGCCACGUUGGAGAAACACAAAUCAGCGGUGAAUGCGUUGGCGUUGAAUUCUGACGGUUCGAUCUUGUUCUCAGGUGCUUGUGACCGUUCGAUCUUGGUUUGGGAGAGAGAAGAUAAUGCGAAGUAUAUGGGGGUAAGUGGGGCCCUUAGAGGUCAUGAUGGGGCCAUCUUGUGCUUGAUCAACGUCUCUGAUUUCUUAAUCAGUGGUUCGGCUGAUCGGACGGUCAGGAUUUGGCGUAGAGGGGCUGAAGGAAAAUUCUGUUGUUUGAGCGUUUUGACCGGACAUACGAAGCCAGUCAAGUCUUUGGCUGCCAAAAUGGAGGGUGAAGAUGGAAUUUCGGUGUUUAGUGGUUCGCUUAAUGGUGAAAUUAAAGUUUGGAGUCUUAAGAUUAAUCACUCCUCUAAUCAAAACUCGUGACAAUCGAAUCUCGUUUACAUCAUUAAUUACUCGUUACGGCUUUAUAUACACUUGCAAUGAUGCAAAGAUAAGCAAUUUGAUACAUGGUCUUAGGUUUUUGUUAAUUAGCUUGAGAAGAAAAACAUUGGUACAUAAUUUUAGAUUUGGAGAUUGGUGUGAUUGGAUUAAUUUUAUUUUAAUUUUUUAAUGUGACUAUUAUAGUUUCA